AUGACUUUUUCACAGUUUGAUGGAAGCAUUGUUUUCCCAGACAUCACGAUAUGCAACUUGGAUCCUUUUGCUGCUGGUGAACCUGAAGAAAUGUCCAUGAAUGAAUAUUUUUCAAAAGUUGAUGAAGUAAAAAAUAAUUUCAUUCAAGAACUACGGGACAGAGUGGACAAAAAUCAUUAUUUUAAUUUUGAAUUUUUCACAAAAAUAUUCAAAAAAAUGAAAACCGUAUCGGGUUUCAUUAUAAACUUACAGAAAAAUUAUCAAAAUUCCACUGAUUGUCCUAGCUUUAUUGUAGAUUGUAGUUUCUUUGGUGCAAAUUGGUUAGAACUGGGUAAAAAUUGUUCCAUUGAUAAUUUCUCAAAAACCUGGAAUCAAAAUUAUUUAACGUGCUACACAUUGAAAACAAGCAGUUUACAAUUUUCUUCCUCGAAUCUUGUCAGGGAAAUGAGUUUGUUGCUGAAUGUUGGUCCAAUCAGAAACACGAAAAUGACCUACCAAUCUUCCCUUUUGAAUUCCCAAUCGAGAGGAGUUAAGGUGAGUGUGCACAGUCCUGGAACUCCUGCGGACCUCAAGCGUGGAUUCAAUGUGGCUCCUGGAACUGAAAAUAUCGUCGAAAUUACUCAAACUGAAAGAAGACGUUUGAAUAAACCUCACAACAAAGAGAACUGCUUACAUAAGUUCAUAUGUCGAAAUAAUCAAUGUAAAUCGCAUUUGCUGUAUUUAUUGGAUUCGGAAUUAGAGAAGUUACCAUAUUGUGGAAAUUUUAGUUCAUUUUUCAACAUGCCUGCCAAUGAUUCAAAUAUGUUUGAUACACUUUUUUCUAAACUUUGUGGACUUUUUGUCAAGGAAUAUGGUAUAUUUCUUUAG